AGUGUGUGCGCGCGCUGGAGCUCUCCGGGUUCCGCGAGGCGCGCGGGUGUCAGCUUGCAGCCGGGGCUCCUCCCCUCCGGCCCCCCUGCCCAGCCCGGCGGUCCCUCCUUCCUUCCCCGCUCGCCCCUCCCCGGCGGGCCAGGCGCUGGGACGCCCCGGCGGAGCAGGCGGCGGCGGCGGCGAGCUGGGGAGCCCUGGGCUCGGCGCUGCCGGAGGGGCUCGAGCCGAGCCGCCCCCGCCCCGGCCCGGCCGCGCCGGCCCCGCUUCCCGCCGGGCCACGCCCUGUCAAACUUUGUUGCGGCGGCCGCCGCGGCGGCGAGCGGAGCGGGCGGGCGAGCGGGAGGGAGGGGCGCCGGGCCCGGCCGGGUGCGGGUGGCGAGGGGCUCCGGGAGCGGCGGCCCCGGCCCGCGGCCCCACCAUGCCCCAGCUCGGCGGCGGCGGCGGCGGCGGCGGCGGCGGCGGGGGUGGCGGCGGCGGCGGCUCGGGCGCCGGGGCGGCCGGCGGAGGGGACGACCUCGGGGCGAACGACGAGCUGAUCCCCUUCCAGGACGAGGGGGGCGAGGAGCAGGAGCCGAGCAGCGACAGCGCCUCGGCGCAGCGGGACCUGGACGAGGUCAAGUCGUCCCUGGUCAACGAGUCGGAGAACCAGAGCAGCAGCUCGGACUCCGAGGCAGAGAGGCGCCCGCAGCCCGCCCGGGACGCUUUCCAGAAGCCGCGGGACUAUUUCGCCGAAGUGAGAAGGCCCCAGGACGGCGCGUUCUUUAAGGGCCCCCCCUACCCUGGGUACCCGUUCCUGAUGAUCCCGGACCUGAGCAGCCCGUACCUCCCCAACGGACCCCUGUCUCCCGGAGGAGCGCGCACGGGUUUAAUGAGGGCUUUUCACAUGGAACAAGCUUUUUCGAGGGCCCUGCCUGCGUUGCUGAAGUUUUGGCACUUGGAUUGCUGGGUGACAGUUGGUGACAAACUCUGUGGAAGGACUCGAACCCUGUCAGUCUUUUUUCUUUGGUACCUGCAGAUGAAAUGGCCCCUCCUCGAUGUCCCCUCCAGUACCACAGUCAAGGACACCCGGUCACCGUCCCCAGCACAUUUGUCAAAUAAAGUUCCUGUUGUUCAGCACCCGCAUCACAUGCACCCGUUGACGCCCCUCAUCACCUACAGCAACGACCACUUCUCCCCUGGCUCCCCUCCCACCCACCUCUCCCCAGAGAUCGAUCCAAAGACAGGAAUCCCCCGGCCCCCUCACCCAUCUGAGCUGUCUCCAUAUUACCCACUGUCUCCUGGAGCUGUUGGACAAAUCCCCCAUCCCCUCGGCUGGCUCGUCCCACAGCAAGGACAGCCCAUGUACUCCCUUCCUCCUGGUGGCUUCCGGCACCCCUACCCUGCCCUCGCCAUGAAUGCCUCAAUGUCCAGCCUGGUCUCCAGUCGGUUCUCCCCUCACAUGGUGGCUCCGGCCCAUCCUGGUCUGCCCACCUCAGGGAUUCCCCACCCCGCCAUCGUCUCCCCCAUCGUCAAGCAGGAACCAGCGCCCCCCAGCUUGAGCCCGGCCGUGAGCGCGAAAUCACCAGUCACGGUGAAAAAGGAGGAAGAAAAGAAACCCCACGUGAAGAAGCCUCUUAACGCCUUCAUGUUGUAUAUGAAGGAGAUGAGGGCCAAGGUGGUGGCUGAGUGCACCCUGAAGGAAAGUGCAGCCAUUAACCAGAUCCUGGGAAGAAAGUGGCACAACCUGUCCCGAGAAGAACAGGCCAAGUACUACGAACUGGCCCGGAAGGAGCGGCAGCUUCACUCCCAGCUCUACCCGACCUGGUCAGCCCGGGACAACUACGGUAAGAAAAAGAAGAGGAAGAGAGAAAAGCAGCUGUCACAGACACAGUCCCAGCAGCAAGUCCAAGAGGCGGAGGGUGCUCUAGCCUCCAAAAGCAAGAAGCCAUGUGUUCAGUACCUGCCCCCUGAGAAGCCCUGUGACAGCCCUGCCUCUUCCCACGGCAGCAUGCUGGACUCCCCGGCUACCCCCUCGGCAGCCUUGGCCUCACCGGCUGCGCCUGCUGCAACCCACUCGGAGCAAGCCCAGCCCCUCUCCCUCACCACCAAGCCAGAGACCCGAGCCCAGCUGGCUCUCCACUCAGCGGCCUUCCUGUCAGCUAAGGCUGCAGCCACCUCCUCUAGCCAGAUUGGCAGCCAGCCCCCGCUCCUCUCCCGGCCCCUCCCCCUCGGGUCCAUGCCCACAGCUCUGCUGACUUCUCCACCUUCCUUCCCAGCCACGCUCCAUGCCCACCAGGCCCUCCCAGUACUCCAGGCCCAGCCUCUUUCCUUGGUCACCAAGUCUGCCCACUAAGCUGCCCCCUGACCUAUGCAGGCUGUCAAGUGACUCAUCGAGUAGUAAUGAUUCAGAAGAAAAAAAAAAAGAAACUUUAUUGGUCAAUAUUUGACCACUCUGGACUGUUCUGUAAAGUGACUGGUAACAACAGCACUUUACGUUUUGUAGAUGUAACCAGUAGCUGAUCUUAAGGCUUUUUUAAAAAACAAAACAAAACAAAAAAAAAAAUCUUUAAAAGAAAGAGAACUGAAAAGUAGUGUUUUAUUCUUCCCGUAUGUGCUGUGGUGGAUGGACCUGGGCAGAAGGCACCUUUCUCUCUACCUCUUUUCCUUUCUGCCCUCCUCCCGCUUCUCCUCCUCCCAUGUGCCCUCCCUCCCCGACCCAGGUUGCAUGUGGGCCAUGGCUGCAAUUUCUAGCCUGUUGCCUCUUCAUCUAGAUCCCAUUCCUAGACAUUCCCUUUUACCUCACCCAGGUUUUUUUACUUUGCUCAACGCCUUGGGUUCUUGCCUUCAUCUUCUUCAUCCUCUGCCCAGUGUAAGACUGUCACCAUGUGAGAAGCCACCUUUGCCUGGUGGCUUUGUCUCCACCAGCAUCCCCUUCCCCUCAGUGGGUCCUAACCCGCCAGUUUCCAGCUUUCAGUGGGGAAAGAGGUCCCCAGAAAUGGAUCUUUGCCACCUUUAAAGGGACUCAAGGUGCCUGCCAUUUCCUCAGCGAAGAAGUCUGUGUUCCCUCCCCUUACCCGUCGAGAUCUCCCCCUCAUAGCCCCAGAGUGGCAGAUAGGACCUGGCUCCGAGGUCUGGCUCUGUCACCUGGGUCAGUGCUAGCACAAUCUGCCAAAGUUCUAAAGACCCUCCUCCCUCCCCCCAUCACUUCACAUGCUUCUUCUGUGUGUAUUUCUUUUUGUUUUUAUGGGGUUUUUUGGGAGCAAUUUAAACUCCCAGUUGUUUAUUUUCACAAAAGAAAAUAAAAUUGCAGUUGCAAGACA